GGAGACCAUGACCUUGGGUUUUGGCUGAGUAAGGAGCGUCUGAAUGAAACGCGGCGCGCCCCCGACUGCCAGGCUGAGAAAAGGCGCAUCCUCCUCCUUUUACAUUUCAGUCACGCAGCUUUGCUCAGAUUUGAGAUGAAGCAUAGAGGAUGUUUUUUUUUCUUUUCUCCCGUCGCAGCUCGCACCAGUAAUUUAAAGUAAAAAGAAACGUGCUCGGCAUCGAGGCACUCUCUUUAUCUGAUUAAACGUUCCGGGAUUUAUUCUGGACAAAUCGCCAUUUGAGCGCGUUAUUUUGGAUAAAUCUGGAUCGCAUUGCCUCCGACCGAGCGGCUGCACCCCGUCGAGACAAGCAUAACGCACGAUAUUCGAUAGAAAUCAAGAGUUUCCUCCGGGACAUUUCAUGCUUUUCCACCCGUUUGUGCACGAAAUACAUACACAUAGCCUGUAUAUAGGAUUUAUUUCGUCAGAAUUGGAUGCAGGGAGCAUUAAUUGUUUAUAACUGAGAUCACAACUGGCGAUACAUUGCGAUGCUGAUCCAGCACCGAUGAUGCGAUGGCGUGAGAGCAGUCAAACAGCUUAGUGAAGGUGAUGGACAAUGUCCAAUCCAGCGGGUAUAAGACACCUGCUCUCCCGGUCCUGAAUGCAGCGGAGAGAGACACCUAACCGGGUGUCACCGUCAGCCCUGGAUGCUGCGCCGAAGAAUGGGAUACUCCGACCCAUCGUCGGGUAAAGAUAUACUCGGCAAUAGAUCUCUUUGUUUCAUAUUUAUUUGCGCAUUUGGACUCGUCACGCUAUUGCAACAGAUUCUCUAUGGGAAAAACUACAUUAAGAGUGCGCAACAGUUUAGCCGACUCAAAGGGGACGAGACAGGAAAUUGGACCGGUCCCGUUAAUUUCUCGGAUGAUGGAUCUCUGAAGCCUGCCAGAAAUGGAAGGAAAAGAUGUUUCCGUCAGAAUUUUCAGCCAGAUUCACAGAUCUCCGUAAUAGUCACACCCUGCCUAGCCGAUAUUAAGAAGAAAAAAAAACGCUCUCAAAGGUAUCUGGAAAACUAUGAUGGCUCCUUUGACUACAACUCCACUGCAUGCAGGGAGCUCAGACAGGAGAUUAUGGACGUCAAAGUCCUGACAAUAAACAUGGUUAAUCGGAAAAAACAUGGCCAUGGGUAUCCUUCCUCAUUCCACAAGUCUCUCUGCCUGUCUGCCAGGGUGAAAACCUCAGACCUGUUUGAGAGAUGGCGAAACCUGCAGGUGUGUAGGUGGGAGCAGAACAAGGAGGAGACCAGCAACUUCAAGAUGUCUCUGUCUCGCUGCUGUAAUGCUCCUUCCUUUUUGUUCACCACCAAGAGGAACACUCCUGCAGGGACCAAGCUGAGGUAUGAAGUGGACACCAGUGGUAUCCUUCCCAUCACCACUGAGGUCUUCAAGAUGUUCCCAGAUGACAUGCCGUAUUCCAAAUCACAGUACAAGAAAUGUGCUGUCAUUGGAAAUGGUGGCAUCAUCAAGAACAGCAAAUGUGGAAAGGAAAUUGACUCAGCAGAUUUUGUGUUUAGGUGCAACAUACCACCAAUUAAUGAGAAGUAUUCAGCUGAUGUUGGCACUAAAACAGAUCUGGUGACAAUAAAUCCAAGCAUUAUUACUGAGAGAUUUCAGAAGCUGGAGAAAUGGCGGCGACCAUUUUACGAAGUCCUCCAGAAUUACGAGAACUCCUCAGUGGUGCUUCCAGCCUUCUACAACACCCGCAACACUGAUGUAUCUUUCAGGGUCAAGUACAUGCUGGAUGACUUCGACUCCCAGAGAGGCGUGUUCUUCUUCCACCCUCAGUACCUGCUCAACGUGCAGCGUUUCUGGGCGGUGCAGGGCGUCCGGGCCAAACGGCUCAGCAGUGGCCUGAUGCUGGUCACCGCCGCCUUAGAGAUGUGCGAGGAGGUCCACCUCUAUGGUUUCUGGGCGUUUCCCAUGAACCCCUCCGGUAUCUUCAUCACUCACCAUUACUAUGACAACGUCAAGCCACGGCCAGGCUUCCACGCGAUGCCCCACGAAAUUUUCAACUUCAUUCACAUGCAUACUCGCGGGAUCAUCAAUGUGCACACGGGGCAGUGCACGUGAUCCCUCACACCUCUGCUUUAACAUGGAAGCUCAACAUUUUACCCUUAAUGUGUUUAUUUUAAAGCAGUUUUACCUGUUGUGUUUUAUUUCAGUGAAUGAAACAGUUCACUAUUUUCUCCCUAUUUAAAAAGAGACUUGUACACUUUAUUUGCUCUCACUAGUUCAACUACACAUUGAAGGUUGCUUGCUUUAAUUGCCAACAUACUUCUUUUUUUGAUGUGCACCUACAUUUGUUUAUCCAGCCAAUCAGAUUACUAUGACUUUGACUCUCUGACCAUAGGAUGCUUGUUUUUAAUGUGAAAAGUGGUCUUCAUAGUGAUGUUGUUUCUGUGAAGUUUUCUAGUGGCUCUGCUGUACAGAGGUGUUGUUUUCUACUCAACGUUGCACAGAUAUUUAUGCUGAAACAGGGCUGCAGUGGGUGUCUUUGUGCCCCCUCAUCCCCCUACUCUCUUCUUCUCUCUUUAUCUUGGACACUCUGUGGGUGUGGCAGCUUUUAAUGUUUGUGUAAAACAAAGCUUAAACCUUGAUAUUAAGCUAGUAUUUAAAAAAAUAAGAAAAAAUGAUCAAAUUGUAACAUCCAAUUGUCUACUUUUGUAAUCUAUUUCCUAUUCACCAGAUUCACUGGGUGAAUAUUUUAAAACACUAUUGAAAUGGCCUGUUUUCAGUGGCCUAGUUUCUCCAAUUUAAACUUUCCUCUCAUAUCUCUGGUUUAAAAAAAAGUGUAUGGGAAGAAAUUAGGAUGUUUUUUCUUUUCUGGCUUUUCUGUCACAGUUUUGGACAAAAGCCAGAAGAAAAAGAAAAUGUUUGCAAUGACACCUCAAACUUUGACUUUUAAGGCCAUCCAAUUUGUAAAACAACAGAGCACUGUUGAGCCACCCAGCCUCUUGCCGUCAUUCAUGUCUUAAGCCAUGCUGCCUUACGAGAUAUCACACCCCCAUUAUAUGAUAUGCAGCGCACCCAUGUGUUUUGCUUAUCUUCAAAUACAUUAACUAAAUCUUUGUCAGUCUCUCGAAUCAAAGGACGUUUAAGACUCUCUAAGGUGUAGAAGUUCACGUGCAGUUAUCAGCUUAUAUUCUCUUGGAAUUAGUGAAGUCUUAUUCCCCGUGAGCACCAUUCAUAAUCAUGUAAUGCUGUGCAUGACUUUACUCUGUACUUGGCUUUGUGUGUGCCUGCUUCAAUGAUCACUAGAAUAUGUUUACACUAAAGCCUCGACUGAAUCUCAUAGUGCUUUUGGAGAUAUAUACAUGAACCUUUUCACAGAACGAUGAAUGGUUUCGUCCAAGUGAAUUGUAUAAUAGUGGAUGCAGUUCUUAGGUGCAAGAAUGAAGAUGGAUGCUGCCCAUUUGCAAAGUGUUGCAACACUCUUUAUCAAGCAUUAUUUCACCUCCCUCUUUGAACUGUGAAUAUUCAGUUUGCACUCAAGAAAGCAUCGUGUAUUUAAGCACUGGAAAACUGUUUGGGUUUUCACUGUUUUAUUUUGUUGUCCACUGCAAGAGGUUUUAAGAGACUGUGAAUUAAUUUUUUGUCACUCAUCUGUUCAUGCUUGGCUGUGCACUUGUCUUUUUUCUUCCUUUAUAUCUGAAGGACAACAUUACUAAUUAGAUUUAAACAGUUUUUCUUUCGUCAUUCACAUAGACUCUUUGUGCGUUUAUGCACAAGAGAUACAAGUUCAGCGAAUAGGAACACCAAAAAAUUUUGGCUUGAUCACUAAAUUCUUGUAGAGACACAACUGAAUCAAGGAUGGAAAAAGAAGGGAACUAGUCUGUGUGCUGAAUGGAGGUAAUAUAUAACACAGUGCUUCUUAACUGACUCUUGGAUCAUUCUUUAUACUGGUAUUGUGUUUGUAAAUAAACUUGUUUGGAUUUUCUCA